UGUCUGGCGGGGCCGGAAGAGCGGGCGUGGGCGGCUGAAAGCGCCCGGAGAAGGUGGCCGGCUUCGCCCAGCAGCUGCCGCCGGAGACGUUUGGAGAUUACGUCAGCGCCGGGCCCCGAGCCUCCCGCCCGGCCGGACAAUGCGGCCCUUGUCGGCCCCGAGCGCCGCCCGCGCGCGCUGAAUGGCGCGGGGCCUCUUCUCCAAGGAGGCCGCUCGCCGUCCCCGAGCUGUCCUCUCCCGCCGGGGAGGCCCCUGCGCUGGGGCGCGGAGGGAGCGGGCUCGGUGCCUUAGGGAGGAGACCCCCGGGCUGGGCGGCGCGCGGGGGGCGUGGGGGCUGCUCCUCUGGUUGGGGUGGGGGGUGGCGGCUGCCCUCGCCAUGGCCUCCUGGCUUGGGGGCAGCACGGGCCCCGACCCGCUGCUGGUCCUGCUGGUCAUCAUCUUGUUGGCACGCUUCCUUCUGUGGUCCUGCCUGGGCACCUACAUCGAUUACAGACUGGGCCGGCGGCAGCAGCGCAAACCCAAGGAGGACUAGGGCCUCCGCCGGCCCGUGGCCGGAGCUCCAGGCACACGGGAGCCCUCCUGCUGGAGGGUGUGUCCCAGAGAGGAUCUGUCCUGGCGCCGGGGGUGGGGUUGAGGCGGGGUGCAGAGCGGGGAGACCACCCCUGCAGCCCACCUGCCGGGCAGAGAUGGCCCAGCCCCACCAGGACUGUCCUGGCCACCUGCAUCCCACGUCAGAGGAUGGAGGGGCCCCCCCUGCCUGUCUAUCCACCAGGUUGUGGGAGUGAGUGAUCCUGGCGGUGGGUCUCGCUUUUAGACUUUCUCUACUUCCAAUUCUUUAUAAAUCUGUUUGCAGGAGGAGGCGCGGGGUGAGCCAGAGGGGCUGGUCUGGGGGGCGGACGGUGGCCAAAAGACAGAUGUGACCACAUCACAGGCCGGCCCUACCUCUUAAAGCCACCCUGGACUCCACCUCCGGCAGGGAGGACAGUAAACGCAGACUGUGCCUUGGUUUCCCCAGAGCAGACCCCUAGGGGAGUCUCAAGACAGACUUGUGACUAUGAGUCCAAGUCCAGCUCCAGUUGACCAUGGACAAACUCACUUUCCCCGUCUCUUAAAUGGACGCACUAGUCCCUGUCCCUGCUGCACCAGCCCCCCCCCCCCCCCCAGAAGGUUAUUACCAGAAGGGUCAGGUGAGGGGUGGGCUGAGCCAUCCCCCUCCCCCCUGCCACCGCCCCCCUCUCCCUGCCACCGUCCCCCUCCCCCUGCAUCUGUAACCUGCAGGACACACGGAGGAUGGUUUAGUGAAGCCACGGGACCCAAGGCCCUCUGCUCCUUUGUGCUUUCAAGGAUGAGGCUGAGACAUCCCUGAGAAGACGGACAGGCAGGGAAACUUGACUGGAGCCCAAGAAGCCAGUGCCCUCUGCACCCUCAUCCCGUUACACCCUGAACUGAAGCGGCAGCACGAGGUGGUUCUCCUCUCGAUCUGGCAGCAGAGUCGAAUCACCCCAGAGGUUUUGGCAAUGCCAGUGGCUGAGUCUCCCAGACUGAGAGGCAUCGGCUGAUUCGAGAUGUUCCGGGCAGGCUGGAGCCUGGUGGCACCGUGAAUUCCAAAAGGGCUUGGCUCAGCUGGGAUCUUCGGUGGCUGUUAGAGGUCUGGAGUCACUGAGCUGAGCAGACGCUUGGGCCCUGGUAGCUGGGAGCCAUCCGCCUUGAGGCAUCCUGGCAGAAGGGACCACAGCGUGAUCUCUCCAGGCCUGUGUACGUGGCUGUCCUCUGGGCAGUCGUAUAGCCAGUGGCUGAGCAGAACCCGUGCCUCUUUGUAAGGACGAUUGGUCACGGGGUGUCUGAGGGCUCUGAUCAUUGGGUUAGGGGAGGGCUGUUCUUGUUCUCUUUAGGGAAACUUAUCUAAUUUUCUUUAAAAUGAUCACGUGUGAUUUUGCUGAUCUUUCUGAGGAAGGGGAAUCACAUUCGUUGUCGUGAGCGUAUGCUAGUGGGGGAAGUUUGCGUGGUAUUGCCAGGGUUUAAAACAGAAAGUCCCACGGCCUGAGAAACCCCUCCGUCCUGGGCAAAGCAGUCCCUUGGAUGGAGGGAGAAGUCAGAUGUUCACAUGACACACUCAAGUCUGCCCCACCGUUGAGUGUGUGUGGCCUGUGUGUGGCCUGCAUGCGACCUGUGUGUCCACAUGGGCAUGUAGAUUUAAGGUCCACUGUUUGGUCCAUGGGGCUUCCCUGGUGGCUCAGUGGUAAAGAACCCGCCUGCCAAUUCAGGAGA